AUGCCCAACGCCUCCACAUCCGACGUCCUGGUCCUAGUCGCCGGCGCGCUGGCACGGCCAGCUGCACACGGCCGUCGUCUUCUCGUCGCGCGCCUUCCGCAACGUACAUGCACAACGUCUUGGGCCGGGCACCACGCGCCGCCCGCCGCCUUCCGCGACAAGGCGCGGUACGUGGACGCCGUGCAGUUCCGCGACGCUGGGGGUGGUGAAGGGGCGGAAGGCGUCCGGGAUGUAAUGCCCGAGACGCCGGAGGGGUAUGCGGAGUUGUGGGGGCGUGGAAUCCUCCACUGCCUCUUCUGCCACGGCUUCGAAGAACGGGGCGCUGCCUCAGCAGGCGUCCUAGGAACGGGCCCUAUGCUAGGGGGCGCAGACAGCGAUUCUGCGCCACUCAUGGCACCUGUCAUCGCACGUAUGGCUGCCCGGCUCGCGGGUCGUGUCACCGUAUACGCAGACGAAAAUGAAAAUCUCGGGUCGCGGAUCCGCGCACAGCUCAAGAGCAGCCAAAAAUUCGACGUCGAUAACCGCCGCAUAGUUCGUCUUGCCAAAGACUCGGACGUCGAGGGUGACGCGGGCAUGCUUGUAACUCUGGAAGACGGGAGCGUGAACAAGGAGGGUUUCUUGGAGUCUAUGCUGCAGGCAAUUGUGCGACGAUUGAUGAAGGCGGUUCCGAUGGCAACUAUGAUGGGGAGUAGUGUUGCAGCAGGACUAGCGCAUGCGUUGCAAGCCGAGGAUGGUGUGGAAGAGUAA